AUGCUGCGGCACUUUCUCUUCUUCGUCGCGGCGUCAGCCCGUGUCAUGGACCGCCUCGCCGCGGUCCCGAAGGGCUGGAAGGAGGUUGGCAGGGCAGCGCCAGACGAGACUGUCUUCCUGCGUGUGGCGCUCAAGCAGCAACACGCCGCUGCACUGGAGCAGGCGGUGCUCGAAAUGUCGACGCCGGGGCAUCCAAACUACGGCAUGCACAUGACACGCGACGAGGUGCGAGCUUAUACGGCUCCGUCAGACGCCGCGACCUCGGCCGUCACCACAUGGCUGCGCGAGCACGGCAUCCAGGAGCCGCUGGUGGACAACGACCUGGUCUCCUUCAGCGCGACGGUGCGGACCGCCAAUGAGCUGCUGGAAGCCGACUUUGGCUGGUAUCAGUAUCAGUACGCGCAGGGGGAUGGACCUUUGAAGCUCCGGACCCUCGAGUACAGUGUUCCGGAUGAGGUUGCUGCCCAUAUCGAUCUUGUGCAGCCCACCACCCGGUUUGGACGGCUGGGCGCGCGGAAGUCGACCAUCUUUGAGACGGUUCGUCUUGAGCCUGUCGGUGCUGCGACUCCGGUUACGAAGGGGACGUUUGCCACCGCGGUAGACGCUGCUGAAGUAUGCGAGAACUCGGUCACCCCGGACUGCCUCAAGUCGCUCUACAAUAUUAACUACACGGCAUCAGCCGGCCCGGAGAAUAAGAUCGCGUUUAAUUCGUUCCUUGAAGAGUACGCCAGAUAUAAGGAUCUGGGGGAGUUUGUGGAACGUUAUGUUCCCGCUGCCAAGGGCCAAAACUUCUCCGUUGAGCUGGUUAAUGGUGGUCUGAAUGAUCAGAACAGUCGGGACGAUAGCUCUGAGGCAAACCUUGACGUCCAGUACAUCCUCGGAAUCAGCCAUCCAAUUCCCAUCCUCGAAUACAGCACAGCCGGCCGUGGCCCUUUGGUGCCGACGGCAGACCAGCCCACGCCGCCUGGUAGCAACGAGCCAUACCUCGAGUGGCUCACCUACAUGACCAGACAACCAGACUCGGCGCUCCCGCAAACCAUCUCGACGUCGUACGGAGAAGAGGAGCAGUCGGUGCCAAGAGAGUACGCGCUCAAGGUGUGCAACAUGUUCAUGCAGCUAGGCGCUCGCGGGGUCUCGGUCCUCUUUUCGUCCGGUGACUCGGGCCCUGGCAACUCGUGCAUCCGCAACACAGACAACUCGACGUAUUUCGAGCCGACCUUUCCGGCAGGCUGUCCGUGGGUGACGGCCGUAGGGGGAACAACGGGAACGAACCCCGAGCGGGCAGUAGACUUCUCCAGCGGCGGCUUCAGCAUGUACCACGAGCAACCCACCUGGCAGAAGGCCGCCGUGUCCCAGUACCUCGAGCGCAUCGGCAACACAUACUCACCGUAUUUCAACCGCACGGGUCGCGGAAUCCCCGACGUCGCGGCCCAAGGAUCACGGUUUGUUGUCAUUGACAAAGGGAGUAGGGCAUUGAUUGGCGGCACCAGCGCGUCGUCCCCCGUCGUCGCCGGCAUUGUGGCACUCCUCAACGCGGCCAGGAAAACACAGGGUCAGCCGCCGCUCGGCUUCCUGAACCCAUGGCUGUACAACAAUUCGGCUGCAUUUACCGACAUCACGAGCGGUGCCGGGGUGGGCUGCACCUCGAGGCGCGAAUUUAGAAACGGCGCACGGUGGAAUGCCACGCCCGGAUGGGAUCCUGUGACGGGACUGGGCACCCCCAAGUUUGCAGAGCUGUUGGGGAUAGCGGCGCCGGGAGUUCCGAACGCUUGA